UUUCCCAGCAUGCACUGGGUGGAGUGGUGGAGGUCAAUGAGGGGGCGGAGUCUGUCCUGAUGCCCUGCAUUUACUCUGGUGUAAUACCUGAAGACAAUCCGUUCCUCCUCUGGACUCGCAGUGAUCUCAGUCCUAACUCUGUCCACCUACGGAGAGAAAAUGGUGACGAUCUUAAAAACCAGAACCAGCGUUUCAGAAACCGGACCUCCAUGAAUCCUGACGCUCUUUAUACUGGAAACUUCAGCCUGACUCUGAGGAAACCUGAGCAGGAUGAUGGAGGAAACUACAGCUGCAGCAUCUCUGAUGGAGUAAAAGAACGGACAGUGAAACAGAUUCACCUGAAGGUCAAAGUUGGUCAGCAGGAGGUCGAGGUCACUGAAGGGUCAGAUUCUGUCGUCCUGCCCUGCAGAACAUCAUCCCUCCUUCCUGAGGACACGUCAGUGGAGUGGACCCGGUCAGAACCAGAAUUUAUGAUGGUCCACUCAAGCAGCAACCAAAGAAACCAGGACGGUUUUUACCGCGACCGAACAGAAAUGAGCAAAGACUUCCUGAGGACCGGAGACGUCAGCCUGACCCUGAGGAACCCCAGAGACGGAGACGGUGGACGCUACGUCUGCACCGUCCACAGAGACCAGGACGUCCUGAGACAGACUGUGGUUCUGAAAUAUGUCAAAGAACCGUUUCCUUCCUGGGCCUCAGCUCUGCUGGUUCUGCUGGUUCUGGUUCUCAUCGUCUCUGCAGGCGUUUUCUAUCAUUUUAAAGAUUAUUUCCUGAAAGCUCCACUGGUGAAGGUGGAUUCAGGGGUGAAGUUUGUCCUGCUGCCCUGCAGAACCAGAGUCUGCCUGCCUGGAGGCGCUAGAGUGGAGUGGAGGGACGGAGACAACAGGACGGUCCAUGUGUAUCAGAAAGGUUCUGAUGAUCCUGAAGAACAGAACCUGACCAGCAGAACCAGGAUGAAUGACGACCCACUGAAGACUGGAGACCUCAGUCUGACUCUGAAACAUCCCAAACCUGGAGACAGCGGGAUCUACACCUGCAGAGUCAGGAAACGAGUCGUCCUGGUGAUGAAACGGGUUCAUCUCCAGGUCAAAGGAGAUGAACCCGUUGCAUUCUUCCAAUCAG